AUGGCGUCUAUCAAGAUCUUAGCAGUUUUCCUAGCGUACGUUUGUUACUGUUAUGCAAACGAUGAACUUAAAAUCGAGGUGGUCGAGAAGCCAGAAAAUUGUGAACGAAAAUCUAAAAAGUUGGACAACCUGCAGAUGCAAUACACAGGCACCUUAGAGGAUGGCAAGAAAUUCGAUUCGAGCAAAGAUCAUGGUCAACCCUUUUCCUUCCAGUUGGGCGUAGGACAAGUUAUUAAGGGCUGGGAUCAAGGUUUAUUGGAUAUGUGUGUAGGUGAAAAAAGAAAACUUGUUGUUCCCUCAGAAUUGGGAUAUGGUGCUUCUGGUGCAGGCGAUGCCAUUCCCCCAAAUGCCAAAUUAUUUUUCGAUGUAGAAUUAGUUGAUAUCUCUGAUGGUGAAGCCCCACCCAAUGUUUUUAAAGAGAUAGAUGCCAACAGCGAUAACCAACUUUCUGUGGAUGAGAUCGCUGGUUAUUUAAAAGAGCAAGCUACUAAACACAACGCCCCCACGGAGGGUCAAGAAGAGCAACAUGACAAUAUGAUUAAAGAAAUUAUGGAACAUGAAGAUAAAGACAAGGAUGGAUUCAUCUCACAUGAAGAAUUUAGUGGACCAAAACACGACGAAUUAUAAUCCAAAUUUAGUUUUAUUUAUAUUGACUGCUUGUGUGUAUGAAAGUUGAAUGGUCAUUUAGUGUUAAAAUGGCUUUUAAACAAAUUUGGAAACUGACAUUGUGGCAAGGUGAAUGUGAAUUUAGUCUUCUGUUCUAUUAUGAUUUCACAACUUGAAUUUGCUGAAAAUGGAAAUGAGAAUUUUAAGUUUUCAUCAAAGUAAUAUUUCACUUAGGUAGCCAUAUUUGGAAAGGAGAAUACUUACUGGGAAAUCCUUUUUUGUGAGGUAUCUUGUGCUUUUUCAUGACACGAGACCAUAUUCAUAUCAUGUCCACAAACCACCAUUGAACUAGGCAGCAUAUUAGGGUUUGUUUUAUAUUAGGAUUAUUGAUUAGUAUUUGCCAGUCAUGGUUGACUUGGACUGCAAUUUUAAUAAAUGACUAAUUGGCUUGAACUUGUUUGGCAGAACUUUUAAAAUGUUUCAAGAUUCCUUAAUUUUUGUCUUCAAAUGUAA